CCAUGCUUUCUAUAACAUUAAUCCAGAAAGAAAGAAAAAAAAGAUAAAUUAAAUUCAGCACAAGUUGAAGAAAUGGUUCUGGGAAGAAGAGAGGGAGAAAAUCAUGUCUAGUUUGCACUGAUAUUGUUGGGCUAAAUUUUAGAGUGAAGGUUACAUCGAAACUGAGUCGAAGGUGGUACAUUACAAUUAAUUACAAGAAGAUAAAUGAAGUUUCAAGUAUUAUUUCGUAGGGCAAAACCCUUUUUAGCUGUAGUUUUCCUACAAGUUGGGCUUGCUGGAAUGGAUAUCGCUUCUAAAGCUGCAUUAAAUGAGGGGAUGAGCAAUUAUGUAUUUGUAGUCUAUCGGCACAUCGUAGCCUUCCUUGUUAUUGCCCCUUUUGCGGUCAUCCUCGACAAGAAAGUAAGGCCAAGAAUGACCCUCCUAACAUUUGGGAAACUAAUGCUUAUGAGCCUACUGGAGCCAGUUAUAGAUCAAAACCUAUACUUCUUGGGAAUGAAAUACACAACAGCAACAUUUGCUUCUGCAAUGGCAAAUGUUCUUCCUGCCAUUACAUUCCUCAUGGCCUGCUUUUUCAGGCUAGAGAAGGUACAAUUAAUGAGCAUCCGUAGCCAAGCCAAGAUAGUCGGAACGAUUGCUACCGUUGCAGGAGCAAUGAUCAUGACAUUAGUAAGAGGCCCGGAUAUUGGCCUGCCAUGGACACAUGGAAGAAGCAGCCAUGAAAACCAAAAUAAUGGAGUAACUCUUAAGCAUUCAAUCAAGGGCUCCAUCAUGAUCACAAUAGGAUGUUUCAGUUGGGCUUGCUUCAUGAUUUUGCAGGCCGUCACACUAAAGACAUAUCCAGCCGAACUCUCCCUCACUGCCUGGAUAUGCUUUUUAGGAACAAUUGAAGGAGCAAUAGUGGCAGUAGCAGUCGAGAGGGGGAAUACGGCGGUUUGGUCCAUAGGCUGGGAUUACAAACUCCUUGCUGCAGUCUACAGUGGUAUAUUCUGUUCUGGAAUUGCUUAUUACGUCCAAGGACUUGUAAUGAAAGAAAGAGGUCCGGUGUUUGUAACUGCUUUUAGCCCUUUGAGCAUGGUUGUUGUUGCCAUCAUAAGCUCUUUCAUCUUGGCCGAGAAAAUGUACUUAGGAAGGUUGUUUGGAGCAAUUGUUAUUGUUUUGGGCCUUUAUUUUGUUGUCUGGGGUAAGAAAAAUGACCACAAGUCUCCAGCAAUGAAAGAACAAGAAAUUCCAGUGAAGCAAAUGGUGAAUAUUACAGAUGAUGGCACCAUUAACGGACAUUCAAUUUGUGAGGUUACCAUAGACGAAGUGCGUAGAGAAGGAGCUGUUGCUGGAGUUGAACGACUAAAUAACAAAAAUUGACUUACGUAUUUUUAACUUUUUACAGUUUUCCAAAAGGACGUCGAGCUCCAAAGUUGUUGCAAGUUUAAAAACAGUAACGACUUAAACUCGUGUAAGAACAACACAACCCUAAGCUUGGAAGAUGUUAUCUAGUGUUUUUGAUUUAGUUUA